AUGGCCGGAAUGAAGAUGCUUCCUGCCUCCUUUGCCCGUGACUCUGUACCCCUGCACUUGCGUGGCGAGUCUUUGGACCAGGUGAGGCUGGUUUGGCUGGUCCCGAUACUGGCCCAGCUGGUUGAGGCGAACUACUGGGAACAGCUCAGCCCGAGUGGCACGCCGCCAUCCGUGCGGUUUCGGCACGGAGACGCCGCGGUGUGGAGCCCGGCUGCGCACGGCUUCUACGUGUUCGGUGGGGAGGAUGAUAACGGCAACCUUCUCAACGACUCGUGGAUCUACCGGCGUGAGGUGAACUACUGGGAACAGCUCAGCCCGAGCGGCACGGCGCCAUCCGGGCGGACUCACCACACCGCGGUGUGGAGCGCCGCUGCGAACGGCUUCUACGUGUUCGGUGGGUAUGAUGGAGAUGCCCUCUUUUUUUGUGUGAAGUACUGGCAAAUCCCAGCACCACGGGGCGUUCUCCUUGGGGCCACCUUCCAUGUGAACUACUGGGAACAGCUCAGCCCGAACGGCACGGCGCCAUCCGUGCGGUAUGGCCACACCGCGGUGUGGAGCCCGGCUGCGAACGGCUUCUACGUGUUCGGUGGAAAUGGUGGUGGCCCGGGCCUGAGUGACAGCAGACAUGUCUCGCAGGCAAACAGCAGCUGGGAACAGCUCAGCCCGGACGGCACGGCGCCAUCGGCGCGGCGUUUGCACACCGCGGUGUGGAGCGCCGCUGCGAACGGCUUCUACGUGUUCGGUGGGUUUGAUGAUGGUGGCCCGGGCCUGAGAGCACGUCUGGGGGCAGCACGACAGCAACCUGCGAUGCUGCGUUGCGGUGCGCGGGCGGGAGUACUGAGGCAACGUUCUUAA